GUAAUAUUUUUUUUUUCUCUUUUGUUAGGAAGCUUUGUUUUUGGUCGAAUUCUAUCGUCUAAAAUUCUGUUUUUGAGUUUUGGCUUCUUUGGUUGCUGAGAAACUGCGAGAAAAGCAAAAAAAAAAAAAAAGAUAAGAGACAAUUUUUAACUUUUACUGUACCUGGGUUCUUUUCUUAGCAGCUAAUGAGUUUACUUCAACUCCUGGGUUGAGUUCCAUUUUGAGGUGGAUUUGGUUUUCUGUUUCUUUUUUGAACUUCUGGGAUUUUUUUUGCCGAUGGAAUCUUUAAAAGUUGGAAUUUUUUUUCAUUUUAAUUUGUGGUUAUGUUUUUUGUUUACAAAAUUUUUCUCAUCAACCAAACGUGGGUUAAGUAUGCACAGGAAACCUUGAUGAGAAUAUAAUUUUUUUUUUUCAAAUUCAAAUAAAGACACAUCUUAAGCACAAGCUACAAUUUCUUCAUUGCAAACAAGCAAGCCUAGGAUACUUUACGCAUGUGACCUAACAUAGCAGAAUGGUUUGGAAUGGAAAAUGGAGGUUAACCGUUUUUUACUCCUUAAUUUUGUCUGAGAUUUAAUUUGAGAGGAAAAGGAAGUAUGAAUGGAGUUUUGAUAUUUAAGUCUAUUAAUCUCUUAUCUGCUUUUGUUAAUCCUAAGUAAGGGAUUAAGGAUUAUUUUAAAUGCUUUUGCAUUCAUUAACCAUUUCCCUUUAUAUUGUUUUUAAAUUUCCAAAUAAUGUGUUGUUCUUUACAUUUUAUUUCAUUCCCUUUGUCCUUAUUAUCUUUAGUUUCCACCACCCUGCACCACCUAAUUUUUUUAAAUACUAGAAUUUUGAAAGAGAUGCAAGGGAUUAAAUUCUGGUCUUAUAUAUUAUGAGGUAAAUACCAGAUUAAUGAGGUUAGAGAGUAUGUUAUUGGGGUGGGUAUGUUCACCUGUGGGUUAGUUGGUCAAAUAGAUUGGAGGGUUUCUUAUACAAAACAAUUUUUUUUCCUUCAAAAAUAUUAUACUAGUUAAUUGGAUUUUUUUGGGUGAUGUCUAUAUAUUUAUAUUUAAAGUUCCUAUUUUUGACUUUCAAGUUCUAUUGCGUUGAAAUAUAAGAUAAUGUUUUUGCUAACAUGCCAUGAGCUAGUUCUGUAAUAAAAAAAUUGGGUGAUGUUGAGUUGCCAUUUUAAAAGAAAUAUUGAUGUUCUGAUUGGUAGUGCUUGACAGAUACAACAAUGCAUAUUGCUAAUAAAGUAUUUGCCCCACCACAGAAAGAAAACUUGACUAUAAUAUCUAAUGUAAGAAAUGAAAUUUUUAAAAAGGAACUGUAUAUUAAAAGGUACAAUGUGAUUAAAUUAUGUUCUUAUUACAAGGACUUUUUAAAAAUAAAAUAUUUGUUUUAGAAUUUCAAAUGUGCUUAUUCUUAAUGGUAGUGCUUGGCCAGGUGCAACCAACUUUUAAAUGGGAUAAAAAAUUACUCACCAACAUCGAGAUUUAAAAAUCAAGGUUUCUGAGUUCCAAUGAGAGGUUCAGCAAUGCAGUGGUCUUUCUUGAAGAAGGUUUCUGCCAUUCCUCAAUUUUUGUCAUUUAAGUCUGGUGAGGAAGAAAAGCCCAGAAAGACUAUUCAUGAUCCCAUAGCAUCCUCUGGUUUUACUCCAAUUUCAACUGCUGAUGCUUUAGAUUCUAACCAGAAACAAUAUUCUAGCAUGAUUCAGAAAAAUAUGGCUCUUGAUAGACAAGGCGCAAACCAUUAUGCAAUGACUGCCUAUGCUGUGCAGCAUGUUGAUGCAUAUCCAGUCCAUCGCCCCCAGCAAAUGAGGAUAUUCCCAGUCAUCAACCAUCAAAAUCCAACAAUUACUGUUUCUAUGAGCAAUCCUAAUUUGCAGUCCCAUUUUGCUUCAACUGGGAACAAUGUAGGUGGUAAUUCUAUAAAUUCACAAUAUCUUGCAGGAGUUCCAAUUGUAAGCCCUGUUUCUGUUCAUCCCACUCCAAGUUCCGUUGUUGGUACCACCGAUCUUAGAAAUGGUUCAAAAUCAUCUGGGGCUCCUGCUCAAUUGACCAUAUUCUAUGCUGGUUCUGUUUGUGUUUAUGAGGAUAUUUCUCCUGAGAAGGCUCAGGCCAUUAUGCUGUUGGCUGGACAUGGGUCUUCAGUAACUCAGAAUAAGGCAAUCUCCCCAGUUCUAGUGCGGACACCAAUCCCUAGGCCUUCUGCUGAUGAUGGUUUUGUUGGGAGCAAAAUCCAUACUGCAUCUCCAUGCUCAGUCCUUCCAAGCCCUAUUUCUGUGAACUCUAGUAGCGCCAUUGAAUUGACAACAGUGAAAUCAGUAGGAGCUUUAGCAUCCGCAAAUAACCAAAUUGAAACCUCAAAGACAGUUAGUUCAGUAGCACCUGGUUCUGCAAUUCCGAUUCCAGCUGGGGCUGUACCUCAGGCUCGUAAAGCAUCAUUGGCUCGGUUUCUGGAGAAGCGCAAGGAAAGAGUGAUGAAUACAUCGCCAUACAAUGUAAGCAAGAAAUCCCUAGACUGCAGUGCCACUGAAUGUGAUGAUGUGAGUUUAUCCAUCAAUUCUCUAUCUUCUCCCGGCCAUCAAUGAGCUGUCAAGGACACAGAAGAUUCAAAUCCAAUACCAUGCACUCUACAACUAUAAAGGAAGAGAGAUCUUCAUCAACGUCUAUUUUUAGUUCUUUAAUUGUAAGCUCAAUUCUUUUUACUUAAAACUGUUAGAUUUCCUCAAUGUCUUAGAUAUAUUGUUCUUAUUAUCAGUACCAAUUUUUUGAAAUUUAACUUAAAAUAUGUUGUAAAAAAUAUAGUUUUUCACAUGA